CCCCGGUAGAAACAAAAUUUCAAAUUCGAGGUUGCCAUUCGUACACGGUUAAUAGUCGGUUUACUAACUUAAAAGGCUAGUUAAGUCGAGAAUGCUGCCCACUGGAGAUGUGCAAGGCUGUCUUCGUAAAUUGGAAACUCUCUUGCGAAUAGUGAAGUACCCUGGACAUGUCGACUACAAUGGCCUUUCUAAAGGAGACCCCUCAGCUUUUCUGCCAAUAUUGAGCUUCAGUCUCACCACAUACUCUCCACCUUUUGCUGAGCAACUAGUGGCAGCUGGACUGGAGCUGACAGGCAAAACUGACCUGAGAUUCACUGACACUCUCUAUAAGGUUCUGCGAGAUAUAUUCCACUACAAGCCCAUAGUCUCCAAGCAACAGUUCCUGCAGAGGGGUUUUGCGCAAAGAAAGAUUUCUACCCUUUGUGACAUCAUUGACUUGGUCCUGCAGAGACACAGUGAGCUGAAGAAGCCCAGAGUCAGAAAUCCAGUGCCCCACAAGGACACAAGAGCAGAGCACCAUCCAAAACUGACUAAGCCAGAUACUGUUUAUGACCGGCCCUUUGUUGUGAAUCACAUGAAAAAAGACGACUCAUUGUCAUGUGAGAGUGUAGUGCAGGUCUUGCAUGAUGAAGUAUACUCAUCCAAUUCUUCUGAAAAUGGGAAUUCAAGCCUCACAAAAAAGAAGCAGGAGGAGGAUAAUAUUCGACAUUCUUCCAAUAUAGAGCGAAGACUUUCUGUAAUGGAAGUUCAAAUCGAGAGUCUUUGUUGUGGUCUUAAAAGGCUCAGUGCCCUGGAAGACCAUCUGGAGGAGCUAACAAGCCAGACUAACACAGAAAAGGAACAAGAAUUGAUCACAAUAUCAAGAGAGAGCUGGGAAAAUCUAAAUGGUAGAAUCCUAUUACUGGAAACCAAACUGGAACUGGGCCACACAAAGUCAGGUUUUCCUCCACCAUGUGACUCAUCUGCCCUAUUCCACUCUUUCAGCUCCAAAUCUGAUGCUUCCAAGGGUGAUAUAAAAGACAGACUCGAGAGGAUCACCAACAUGUUGAGGAGUACUUCUACUCAAAUGAAGAGUACAGAAUGAUCGACAGUACCCUAUAAAUGUCCAUCCAUCCAUCCAUUUUCUCCAACGCUUAUCCUCACUAGGGUCGCGGGUAUGCUGGAGCCUAUCUCAGCUAACUGUGGGCUAGAGGCGGGGUACACCCUGAACUGGUUGCCAGCCAAUUGCAGGGCACAUUUAAACAAACAACCUUUGACACUCACAUUCACACCUAUGGGCAAUUUAGUCUUCUCACCCUACAAAUAGACUGAUGAAAUGAUUUACUCUUUAAGUCAGUGUAACAUUAAAUUAUUCACUUUAGCCCCUCCGUUCAUCAAAUCUAGCUUUAGCUUUAGUGGUUUGCCUUUGGCAAUAAUGGAAGCAUGUCUUUUUUUGAGGGCCAAAACUGAAGUUGGGUCAUAUUUUUGUUCAGCAGAAUUCCAAAAUUCCAUAAACUAUCAGCAGCAUGGUAGCCGACUGGUGAUUAAAUCCGCCUCACAGUUCAGUGGAUGUGGGUUCGUAGCCGGGUAGUGACUUUUCUGUGUGGAGUUUGCGUGGGUUUUCUGUGGGUACUCCGGUGUGAAUGGUUGUUUGUUUUUGUGCUCUGCGAUUGGCAGGCAACCAGUCCAGGCUGUAGCCCGCCUC